AGGAGACAGAGGCACCCGUCGAGCGUUGCGUGUUGCAGCUGUCGCCGGAACGCCAGCGCGGAGGUCGCGAUGUCGGGGCUCUCCCGCCAGCUGCUCUGGGCCGCCGCCUGCCUGGCCGCGCUCUGUGUGCUCACCGCGGCUCAGACCGCCAUCCUGGCCCCGAACGUGACUGUAGUGCCCACCAACCACACGGCGACCACCAACCACACGGCGACCACGUCGUUGGCGACCCUCUCACCGCUCACCACUGUAGCACCAGAAACCUGUGAAAAUCACAAAAGCUGUGUUUCCUGUGUUAAUGCUAGCAAUGCUGCUGAUAAUAGUACCUGCUUUUGGAUGGAAUGUAAAGAAGCAGGUAAAAGCUACUGUUCGCAUAAUUCAACAUUUACUGAUUGCCAGGUGGUGAACAGUACAGAGUUCUGUUCUGUGCCGACUGUCUCUCCGUUGCCAACCAAUUCUACAGCUAAGACCACAACUAUGCCUUCCUUUUCUACAACUACUACUCCAGGUUCAACUAAUACCACUUUAACUCCAACCUCACAACCUAUGCGGAAGUCUACCUUUGAUGCAGCCAGUUUCAUUGGAGGAAUUGUCCUUGUCUUGGGUGUGCAGGCUGUAAUUUUCUUUCUCUAUAAAUUCUGUAAAUCGAAAGAACGAAACUACCACACUCUGUAAACGGACCCAUUAGAUUAACAAGGACUGGCGCAUAAUUCAAUGAAACCAAAUUAUUAUCUUUCAAGAUUUCCUACAUGGAAGACACUAUUCCAGGAUCUUUAAAUUUUCAAAGAAUGCACAUAGGAUAUUUUGGAGUAUCGUGCUUGAAGAAAAAUCAGUUAAAUCAUUUUGCUCAACAAGAAUACUUAAACUAUUCUGCAUGAAUCCUUGUGGCUGUCUUCUUUUAUUUUAAAUGGCUGCUCCUGUUGGAUUAUGUUCUCUUUUCUUGACAUGCCAAAUGUAACUCUGUAAGGGAUGGAAAACAUUGUCCUGCAGACAACCUCAUGACUCUCUUGGCAGUUAAAUUUAGUCAUUUUAAAGCCUGAAAGCUGCAUUGUUUUCAUCCUAACUCAGGAUGUAGUUUAAUGACCAGAAUUGAGAAGAAUGUGCCAAAUGAGCAUCAGUCAGGUGGAUUUUUGGCUAUUAUUUUAAAAAUGGAAUAAAUUUAUAAGUUUAAUACCCAUGUAGUAAACUGUAUUCUUAAAGUAAAAUUUUGUGCUUGAUAACAGUUAUUUUUUCUACAUUAUAAAUAAGAUGCCACACAGGGAAUUACAUUCCAGAUUUAAAGAAAUGAAUGGAAAGGAUACAAACCAUUAAAGCAUAGCAGGUUAUUGUUAAUACUUGUAAAGCACCUUAUAUCGUUGAGAAAAUAAAGAACAGUGCCUUAAAAGACAGAUUGAAAGGUAGACUGUAACUUAAAAUGUUGUGAUGUGUUGUUCCUAAUUAAGAAAGGUAAAAUUACGGUUGAUCUGAGGAUGUAACUUAAUGUCAGCAGUAGUAAACCUGCUUUUAGAUACCUACCAUACCGUUAGUAUUUAACUGAAAACUUACCUACUUCAGACCUGAGUAAAUUAAGCUAAAGGAUGUUAUACAAAGUUGAAAGUCUUCAUAUAUUGAACCUCCCAACAUAUUUCUUAUGGCUGUUAAAAAUAUAAUAGAGACUAAAAUAUUUCUCUUUGUAUUUCAAAAAGGUAUACUAAUACUGUUGUUAUCUCGAACGGAUUUUCACCAAGCUAUCUUGAAAAGUAACUUCUUUCAUGAGACAAGAAGGAAAUAAUCAGUUGUUUUAGAAUCAUUUACUAAUUCUUUAAAUGAGACAAUUAUCUUAAGGUUUUUUUGUUUGUUUGUUUGUCUUUUUAAGUUUUGAGACAACAAAUGUGACCAGUGUAAUUUCAGGAAAUCUAAGGAUUUUUGAUUGAUAAGAUUACUGUAGAUUUUUAAUAAUGAUUACCCUGGAUAAAUAGAUUGUGCUUUCUUUUUUUCUUUCUUUCUCCUUCUUUCAGAUAUUUUCUUCUUCUUAAUUUCAAUUCCCAUAUUAUAGUAAGCAUGCAUAUUUUUAUUUCUUUAGUUUUCUUAGGAAGCACUAGGUUUCUUUAUGUUUUAGAGGGAUACUUCUCCCUCCUUUGAUGCAUUGGAUUAGUUCAGAAGGCUUGAUUUAGUUUAAAAUGAGCUUUUGCUUUUCUAGGUCGUGAAAAUUUUUUUGCUUUGUUUUAGUUUUUUUAGCCUGUAGUGGCCGAGUUUAGUCAUUGGUUUCAAUGUUUUAUAAUAGGAAAUGACAAGUUGCUUAGGUCCAUUUCAUAAGCCAAAAUUCCUUAUAUUUAGAUAGUUAUAUUAAAGAUUCUUACAACGAAGAUUUACUUGUUUCUUAGUUACUUGCUGGUACAGCUAAAGUUUGUUUUACUUGCACAUUUGUACAUACACCUAAUGUUUUCAAGUGCCUUAAUUGUUUAAAAUAACUGGCUUAAGAGGUUUUUGGGAAAAGGUAGCUUUACCUCACACUUUUGUGUUUUCAUUAGUAGUAAUAUUCUAGGUACCUCACAAAAAAUUUUAUUAUGGUGCCAUGGCUGUUGGUUUUUAGUCAGUGCUAUAAGGUACAAGAUUUAUUUGAAAGAAUGCAGAAUAUCCAUUUCUCCCAAAGUGGCAAAAAUUGGCUACAGUGGUAUAAUUGUUAUUUACCUAGAUUAUGAAUACCUUGUCACACAUUGAUGUCAACAGAGUAAUUUUUGUGAAAAUGUAGCUGAAGAAGCCUCUCUUCUGUCAUUUUGAGUACUGCGCUAACAACAAAAUCAUAUAAUAUGAAACUAGAUGUUGCAAGAAGAGCUCUUACAAUAGAACUCACAGCCUUUUCCCCUCCUUCCUUUAGGAAUUUAGUAUCUUGAGCCAUUAAUAAUUUUUGGGUUUUUUUUUUUAAUCCAGAAGGAAUAUAGAAACCUUUUCAGAUUUUUCAUCUGAUUAUUUCAUGCAGAUGUAGUUCUUUCAAAAUACCUUAUUUUAUCUUAAGAUAUUUGUACAGGCAGACACUGCUGUAUUUAGAAAUUUCUAUUUUAGUUCAUUAAAAACUGCAAAACCAAUCUGUAUCAUGUACCAAACUGAUUUAAAAUAAAUCUACAUGUUUAUUGAAAUAAUCUGUUCUUUUUUAUUAACUGAAGUGUGUAUUUGCUUUUUGAUUAUGAUAGUUAAUGCUAGUGAAUUUACCUUUUUUACUUUGUUUGAGGGAUGGGCUGUCUUUUAUUGCUCCCCAAGAUCGGCAGGUAGAAACUAAACUAUGUAUCAUUAGUGGCGAACAGAGCCUUAGAAAUGAUAGUUGGAGGGUUGACUUUGUAUGCCUAUGGGAGUGAUGUGCAGUUUAUCUUCCACAAGUCAAUGGAAAUCCACUUCAGCUCUACCGGUUAACAAAUGUAUGAGACGACCAUUUGUCAUUAUAAAUCUGAAAGCUGGUUUGUAACUGCAUUUAUAGCUCAGAUUGCAUGUGAAGUAAAAUUGGACUUCUGUUUCACUUUGUAUAAAUAUCUAGUGCCAAGCCACAUGGCUAGUAUGUGAAAUUUGGUAUUUUUGGUCCAUGUUUUGGCCAAGAUUAUAUUCUGUAUUAAAUCCCAGAAUUUAGACUAAGAAGAGAGACUACUCCCCAUAUGCCUUGAAACCCAGAAGAGUGGACAUGAUAUUUUGCUGUAGAAAGUAGGAAUUUUUGGUUUCAUAUUAGCCUUAUAUAUGGUUAUGUUUGCUAAAUAUAUAAAACUCUGCCAGGCUUUAUGUUUCCCUGAAAUAUUGCUAGAGACAAAUUAUUAUUUUGAGAUAAGAAUGGGGCCCUGGCCG